UGGCCUUUCCAAAAUUGGUAUCAAGUAUAAAAGAUGUAACUCUCAGCCAGGAGACAUUGAAUGUUUUGAAAGAACAUUUGAAUGAUUUACUAGUGUAUCUUGAAUUUUCUUCGUUUUAUAUUUGGUUUGUCAAUACCUAUGAA